AUGAAAUUUCAGCUCAGUUUAAUAAUCAUACAAUUCGUGGUUUUGGCAAAAGCCGUUGCAUUGAGCGGCCAGGAAGGAACCGCCGGUUCUUUAUACCAAACACAAAGUAUGCCUAUCGCUGUACCCAAUGAAACUGUAAGCGUUGGUGUCCUAACAUCAAUCGUGCAGGCUACACAAACCGAAUCUUUCUCUUCCAUAACGCCUAGUACAAUAUACGCUUUUUCUGGCGAACCUGGAGCCGCUUCAGACGUGUUGCAACUGCCCAUCGGAAGUUCUGGAUUGCUUUCAUUGUCGAGUUCUGACUCAGUGGAUGCCUCUUCUGCUUUAUCACAGUUUUUAAAUGGAGCCGGUGUUGCUACAAGCCUGAGUGUGAGCAAAACAGGUUCUCUGAGUAGAUCAAGAACAGACAGCGCUUCCUUUAGUUCAACUCGGGCUACCACGAGACUGGCCGCAAAUUCAUCCGCUACGAUGACUUCUGACGGGCGAUCCUCGUCAUCGACCAACAGCAUAUCAGCCUCUGGAGGCGCUCAUAGAAUGGCCUCGCCUGCUAUCGCAGGAGGCAUGAUCGCGGGCUUGGUCGCAUUUUUGUAG